CCCCGUUGUUUGGAUUCUACGUCAUGUACCGUCAGUACGAGACUACUAAGCAAUAGCAAAACACAGUCACAACAACAUGGCCGAUCUGUGUUUCGUGAAUAUGGAUACUACCAUGGCAUACUCGGAGGGCUAACGUCGCCAAUCCUAAAGGAAUAUCUCUGGAAUUUUACGCGAAGGUGGUGAUAAAUAGGAAUAUUUGAUUGAUCAUGGGACAGAAAGUUAGUUCUAGUCCCAGGACGGUGUACGGGGCCGCGGUUGGUGGGGCAGACUCGCCGGGUGGAUCGACAGCCAGUGGCGGGUACCUUUCAAUUGGUAGCUCCAAUGGACAUCACAAUGGAGCCCGUAUUUAUACUAGUGCAUCCUCUUCGACAAAUGGACAAAGGAACCGCGCUCGGUCUUUAGGCAGCACGAGUGCCCAUACAAAUGGACAAGCAAUGAAUAUACCUGGGGGGUCGGGACCAAGUAGAGGUCCCGAUUCGGACCCUAGUUCAUCGGAGAACAGUGCCCCCAGUUCAGGGUCAGGAGGUGGGGGCAGUGGAAGUGGUACUAGCUCUAGUGGUGCAAGUGGAUCAGGGGGAGGGGGAGGAAGGAGUAGGGGAAGAAGUUUCCCCUUUCACGCUCAGUCUCUACCUACACAUCUAUUUGCUCCGGCUUUAUUACAAGGUGAGAUACUGAAGAUGCAAAAAAAAAUGUUUAUGAUCAUGCCAUGGCAUCAUCAUCAAUCAUCACCCAUCAUCACCACCAACAUACUGUGUAUGAGCCGAAGAGAAAACUUUGAUAAAGAUAGUCUAACAGGAUAUGAAUAA